CCAAUCAGCGGAAGCCGUUCUUGUGGAAUUGCGACGCUGAGCCAAUUAGCGCCCUCUCUACGUGGAUGGGCGGGACUUGAACGGAGAGAGGGUUGUGUGUGAGAGUGUGGAAGGGCUGGAGUGAGUGAACCGCCGAUGAAUAAGACUGGUAUAAAGAGUUAGUCCUGCCUCCUGUGUGUUAAGAUGACCAAGAUGGGCUUCCUGCGACUGUCCUAUGAGAAACAGGACACCCUGCUGAAGCUACUCAUCCUGUCUAUGGCAGCCGUCCUGUCGUUCUCCACCAGAUUGUUCUCCGUGUUGCGGUUCGAGAGCGUCAUCCAUGAGUUUGAUCCGUAUUUCAAUUACCGGACCACUCGCUUCUUGACAGAAGAGGGUUUUUACAAAUUCCAUAACUGGUUUGAUGAUCGGGCUUGGUAUCCACUUGGGAGGAUUAUAGGAGGCACAAUCUAUCCCGGGUUGAUGAUCACAUCUGCGGCUCUGUAUCACGUGCUGCACUUUUUCCACAUCACAAUCGACAUCCGCAAUGUGUGUGUGUUCCUUGCCCCUCUCUUCUCCUCCUUCACCGCUAUCGUCACCUACCACUUCACCAAAGAGCUCAAGGAUGCGGGCGCAGGGCUUCUGGCUGCCGCCAUGAUCGCAGUCGUCCCUGGAUACAUCUCUCGUUCUGUGGCAGGCUCUUAUGACAAUGAAGGAAUCGCCAUUUUCUGCAUGCUGCUGACGUACUACAUGUGGAUCAAAGCAGUGAAGACGGGCUCCAUUUACUGGUCAUCCAUGUGUGCGCUGGCUUAUUUUUACAUGGUGUCGUCCUGGGGUGGUUACGUGUUUCUGAUCAACCUCAUUCCGCUGCACGUGCUGGUGUUGAUGCUGACCGGCCGUUUCUCUCAUCGCAUCUAUGUGGCGUAUUGCACAGUCUACUGCCUGGGCACCGUCCUCUCCAUGCAGAUCUCUUUUGUUGGAUUCCAGCCUGUCCAGUCCUCUGAACACAUGGCUGCAUUCGGAGUGUUUGGCCUGUGUCAGAUUCACGCUUUUGUGGAUUACCUCCGGAGCAAGCUGAACACGCAACAGUUUGAAGUGUUGUUCAAGAGUGUCAUUUCGCUGGUCGGAGUCAUCCUGCUCUCUGCAGGUGGUGUGCUCAUGCUGACAGGGACAAUCUCUCCUUGGACUGGCCGUUUUUACUCUCUGCUGGAUCCUUCAUACGCCAAGAACAACAUCCCCAUCAUCGCCUCUGUGUCUGAGCACCAGCCCACCACCUGGUCCUCCUACUACUUUGACCUGCAGCUUCUGGUCUUCAUGUUUCCAGUUGGCCUUUAUUACUGCUUUAACAACCUCUCUGAUGCCACAAUUUUCAUCAUCAUGUACGGCGUCACCAGCAUGUACUUCUCAGCUGUCAUGGUACGUCUCAUGUUGGUCCUGGCCCCCGUCAUGUGCAUCCUGUCUGGCAUUGGCGUUUCUCAGGUCCUCACCACCUACAUGAAAAACCUGGAUGUCAGCCGACCGGACAAGAAAUCCAAGAAGCAGCAGGACUCCACCUACCCAAUCAAGAAUGAGGUGGCGAGUGGCAUGAUUCUGGUCAUGGCGUUCUUCCUCAUCACAUACACUUUCCACUCCACCUGGGUGACCAGCGAGGCUUACUCCUCCCCCUCCAUUGUGCUCUCCGCUCGCGGUGGUGACGGCAGUCGCAUCAUCUUCGAUGACUUCAGAGAGGCUUAUUACUGGCUCAGACACAACACACCGGAGGAUGCUAAAGUCAUGUCGUGGUGGGAUUAUGGGUAUCAAAUAACAGCGAUGGCCAAUCGAACGAUUCUAGUUGACAACAACACUUGGAAUAACACUCACAUCUCCAGAGUUGGUCAGGCUAUGGCCUCCACAGAGGAGAAAGCCUAUGAGAUUAUGAGAGAACUGGAUGUUAGCUACGUCCUGGUGAUCUUUGGUGGAUUGACGGGAUAUUCAUCUGAUGACAUCAAUAAGUUCCUGUGGAUGGUCCGUAUCGGGGGCAGCACAGACACAGGGAAGCACAUAAAGGAACACGACUACUACACUCCCACCGGAGAGUUCCGUGUGGACCGCGAAGGGUCCCCCGUCCUGCUCAACUGCCUCAUGUACAAGAUGUGCUACUAUCGCUUCGGCCAGGUCUACACCGAAGCCAAGCGUCCUCCUGGUUACGACAGAGUUCGUAACGCUGAGAUUGGCAACAAGGACUUUGAGCUGGAUGUGCUGGAGGAAGCGUAUACUACAGAGCACUGGCUCGUCAGGAUAUACAAGGUCAAAGACCUUGACAACCGUGGCCUCUCAAGAACGUAAAACCCAGAAA